CAUUGAGAGAAUGGCUGCGGCUGCCUGCGGCUCCCCCACGAGCCGGCCGCCCAAGGAGCAGCCGGAGCUGGACGCGCCGCCGGGACCGGUGCAGCCGCCGGCUCCCGCCGCCAGGAAGCGGGGAGGCGACUCGCGGCGCCGGCAGGCCGCCCUUUUCUUCCUCAACAACAUCUCCCUGGACGGGCGGCCGCCCUGCCUGGCCCCGGGCAAGCUGCAGCAAUUGCACCAGCAGCCGCCUCCGCCUCGGCCGCCUUCCGCCUCUUCGUCGGCUCCGGGCGAGCAGCAGCUGCUGCGGCGGCAGGAGGAAGAUGCCGCCGCCGAACCCGUCCCGCCGCCGCCGGCAGCGGCGGAGCCCGCCUCGCGCUUCCCGCUGCCCCCCAACGGGCCGCCGGCGCCUGGGCUGCUCCUGCCCCCCGUGGCCGCCGCCGUGGCCGCCGCCGCCGACUUGGACCCUUCCCGGGGGUUGGGCGCUGCCGCCGCCGCCGCCCUCCUGCCCCAGCUGCUGCUGGGCAGCCCGCUAUGCCCGGUGCCCGCCGCGCCCGCCCUGGCAGGGAUGUUGGUGGGAGCCGCCAAACCUGGCAUCGCCCCGCAAGGGCUGCUCAGCCCCACCCAGAGCAUCGCUGCCGGAGGAGGGCUCCCCUUGGAAGUCCAGAGGCAAAGAAGGCGUUUUAUCUCCCAGCGCUGCUCUCUAGAGUUUUUAGAAGACAUAGUGGAAUGUGCCAGUGUCCGAAGAACCAAGCACAUAUCUGGAUCUCCAAGACACAAGGGCUUGAAGAAGAUACACUUCAUCAAGAACAUGAGACAGUAUGACACAAGGAACAGCAGGAUAGUAUUAAUUUGCGCAAAGCGAACUUUAUGUGUGGCUUUUUCUAUCCUGCCGUACGGGGAGAGCUUACGGAUCAGUGAACUGAGAAUAGAGGGGCAGAAACAGAGGCAUCCUUCUGGCGGGAUUUCAGUCUCUUCGGAGAUGGUCCUAGGCAUGGAAGGAGUCGAGCUUGGAGCGGACGGCAAGGUUGUGUCUUAUGCAAAGUUCUUGUAUCCAACCAAUGCUCUCGUUGGCCGCAAAAAUGACGCCUAUGGUCCUGUCCCUGUGUGUCGAGCCACCAUCCCACGGAGUGGUGGUGGAGCAAGAUACAAGCCUGCCACAGCCAAAUCGAUAUCUUCCGCAGCAGAUAUUGGGAAUGAAGUGGGUGAGUUAGUAGAGUACAAUCCAAAUCUCCUUGAUGACCCUCAGUGGCCGUGCGGGAAGCACAAGCGUGUCCUCAUCUUUGCAUCGUACAUGACCACAGUAAUAGAGUACGUGAAACCCUCAGACCUUAAGAAGGAUAUGAAUGAAACUUUUAAAGACAAAUUUCCUCACAUCAAGCUGACCCUGAGCAAAAUCAGAAGUUUAAAGAGAGAAAUGCGGAACCUGAGCAUGGAAUGCAACCUGGAGCCGGUAACAGUGUCCAUGGCUUAUGUCUACUUUGAGAAACUUGUCCUUCAAGGCAAGCUCAACAAGCAGAACCGAAAACUGUGCGCUGGUGCCUGUGUGCUACUCGCAGCCAAGAUUAGCAGUGAUCUCAGGAAACAUGAAGUCAAACACCUUAUUGAUAAGUUAGAAGAGCGAUUCAGAUUCAACAGACGAGAUCUCAUUGCAUUUGAAUUUACUGUACUCGUGGCUUUAGAACUAGCCCUUUACCUUCCGGACAACCAGGUGUUACCUCACUUCCGGCGUCUCACACAGCAGUCCUAGCCAAAACUACAUUCUAACAAAGUGCCAGUAUUUAGAAGCUGAAUUUCAGUGUUGGCCACUGGCCUUUCGUGUGCCACAAUAUUGAACAAUGUUGUGGAUAUACCUGAUGUGAAGACUGCAGUGGGAUUUUACGGAGCUACCUAGGUGGGGUGGACAGUACCGAUUCCAUGUGUGAGAAGUGGCAGAAGUGAGAUGUUGAGCUUUGGACAUUAAAGCACAAACAAUUUGCAACCAGUUGUCAAUAGAGCUGCUGGUCAUACCUUAUUAACUUUUUUUCCAGUUUCGUUUUUUUGUUAAACUUGGAAAUGGUCUGUUCUUUCCUUAAAGUUUUUAUCAUUCUUUUCUCCCCCUCUUCCUUGAAUCUAAAAGAACAUCACUUCCAUUCCAAAAUGUUAUAUGCUUCAAAUAGAAUUACUGAGUAUCGUACACUUUAAACGAUGACAACUUGUACUACUUUUUGCGGGGGUGGGGGUGGGGGAAAAGGAGGACGUGCCUAGGGCUGGGCUGGGACCAGUCUGACUCUUUCUUUUAUGCUGCUUAGUGGCAAAUUCUGAACUUAAAACAGCAAUUUAUCCUUUUGCCUUUGCUUACCUUGAGCUAUAAGGAAGACAAUUCCAUUGCAACUGCACUAUCAUUUCCAGAAGGGGAUGUGUAUUCAAGAACAAUAUUCUGCUCAGUUCAUGAAUAAAAGCUUUUCCUUUCUUUUUUUAACUGAAACAUGUUUCUCAAACAUUGCACUUGUUGAACAAGGCAGCUGUAGCAAAAUAAUUCCCAUUUUAACUUGUCCUUCAGAAAGUUGCUGAAGGCUAUUUGAUUUAUGGUGGUAAUUUGGUCCUGUAGCUCCCUGAGCAGACAUCUUUUUCUCAAUGCUUACUGUAGCCUGAAACUGUUUUAUUUAUAACAAUGUUUUCAUGUAUUGUCUUUCCUGUGUGCUCAUGAUACAUAAACGUUGCCACCGGUACAGCUGUCGUUACCUAAAUUAAGCCAAUGGAACUCAGCCUGUCUGACUUCCUCUCUUUCUUUUUUUAAAAAUUUGGUUCUUCCAAGCUUUUUGCCACUGUGAUGUUCCUCAAAAACCUGGCUCUUAAUGGCACAUUCAAACCACACUCAUAAAGGUUAAUAUCCAACACAAUGGUUGUUAUACAGUUGGUACAAUUUCUACCACACUCAGCCAGAAAUGUUGACUUCAGAUGCUAAAGUAUGGACUGUUUAACUUCUUGAACCAGUAGCAGAAGAGCCAGUGGCUUCCGGGUUUCUUUUCUAAGCAAUAUUGUGAUACAAGUCAAGCUGUGUGUGUGCGUGUGUGUACAUGUGUGAUAUUUGCCAGUGAACAAAAUAACUUCUUGGGUGUUGUGAUUGAGAGAUUCAUACUCUAAUUAUUAUUUUUACUGUGACUUGGUCAAUUUCUAUACAUCAUGCAGAAUGAGAUGGGGAGAUUAAGGUGUAGAAUUGUGGACUGUACUGGUGCAGAAAUGGGGGGUCCCAUUUUGGAGCGCUCCACCCCAUCGUCUAGUAAACCAAAAACACUGGGAUGUUUUGGAUGAACCAUUCUCCCUGCUGUGGUGUUUUAACACAUGCAUAGUUUUUAACAUAUGGGAUAAUUCAAAAAUAUGCCCGCUGCAGUCUGAAGUGAUAACCCACAGUUCUAAUGCCUCAGUCUGUGUAAACCUGUAGAUUGACUCUUAGGAACCCAUCCUCUUGCUAAACUAAAGAGGGCUAUAGAGUCCCUAGAAUGCCAUAAACUAUCGAGUAUCUUGAAUGGCAUAAAUUCUAACUUGGGAAUAUGUAUUAAGUAGCCAUGAAAUAAAUGGGGAGGGAGAAUUGCAAACAAGCGCUAGAAACACUUCAGAGUACAUCCUCCAAUGUGCUGCCCUAGAUGGGAUUAUUCAACAUGAGGAAGCCCUGAUGUCUCUGAUACCUAUGCAUGAAUGAAAAGCUAUUUGGAUAAAUCUUUUCAGAUAAGACCAGUAUGACAUAACUGAAAUUGCAGUUCAGCAUAGUUAAGAAUGCCUCUCUAAUCAGGGUUUGAAUGUUAAUGCAUCUAAUUACAAUAGUGCCAGUGAAGUCACCAAUAUAGCACUUUUUUAUAUAAUGCAGUAAAGGGACGUGUGUGUAUCUAUAUGCAGCUUAACUGUUGCUGUUCAGAAUGUGAGACGUAAUGUGUCUUAUUUCUGAGCAGAUUUUCACAAUGCAGGAUUGCAUCCUAACUUUUCCCAAGAUGCGUUUAGAAAUGAUUUCAUGGGGAGUUAAAACAUUUAAUCCUCCACCUGAACUGAAAGAGGCUGCAAAAUGUUUCAUCUACCUGCCAAUCUUGUAUAUAAAAGACCACAAAAGUCAUUGACUUGUAUUAUGUUCUAGUUGAAAUACUUGCCAAUUUAACCUUUUCCAGUUGAAGCAGAUUACUGUGUUCAAGCAAAAAUGCUUCGAUAGAAGGAUGGGUUGAUUCCUGCUUGGCUAUUUGAGCUGCUGGAGGCUGUAAGAAUUGAGGUGUAUGGAUUUUGUCUUUGGAAAGUGUAUUAUUUCAAAUUAAAAACAUUCAGGCAAAGGGGCAGGUAACACAUUUAAGGCAUAAACUUCAAUCAAAUAUUUUCAUUGUUUUGAAUGCAUAAGGGCAGUGAUACCAUCCUCUUUACUAACUGAGGAUUUUAAAUUCUUCACAGUAGGGCUAAAAAAAGCUGAAGAAUUUAUCCUCCAAUCAAAAAUUCUGACUCUUGCCCCUCCCCCCAUUUGCUUUGAAUAAGUGUACCUAAGUUUUGGGAUGGUCCUUUUAUGGACAAAAGAGGACUUCAUGUGGUCAUUUAUGGUACGCAGGAUAUAUUUUGCGUUAUUAAAGAUGUUCAACAUCCUGUAUAACAUUACCCAAGAUAACAGUGCUUCAGGAGACAUGAAGAUUAGGAAUUGAGUAUCGCUGACGUUUUUAACUCUGCAAUUUGACUUGUAUGUUGAAUAUCUUAUUCCUGUGACUUAACCUGUACAGAAACAGCCAUUGUUGAAUACUGUAGUGAAUACAAAGGGUGUGGCGUCUUGUUGGCUUUUUUUAACCGUACUUUUUGGUUUCUUUUCUCAAAUCAGCUAAGCCUCAUUGUAUUCCUCGUUUAUGCAAAACCUGCCACUGUGUGGUAAAAAAAUAUUAUUACAACCAAACCUAGAUCCGAUGUAAAACCACGAUUGCUUUCUGUAGAGAUACUAUAGUCUCUAAAUGUUGAGAACUAAAUUAUGUAAUCUUAUGUAAAUAAUGGUACUUGUCUAUUUUCAGCCCAAGAAAACACUCUGAAUUGGAGUUUGUAUAUUUAAUGUUAAUAGUAUGUUUGUGUUGUCCUAAAUUUAAGUUUAUAUACUGUCCACUUCUGUUCUUCCAAUGAAAUGAAUGAAUUUGUUAAUAAGGUGCUGUGUAAUUGAAUGUUUUGAUACCUAUUUUAUAACCAAGCACAUCUGAAGAUAUUUCAGGUUUGUGUCAUAAAUAUUCA